UGGCAAUGGUGGGUUUUUGACUUGUCUAGGGUUUUGUGGAAAAUAUAAACUGAGUUUCAGGGAAUCCAAAUUUGAAGAAAAAAACCCUAAAUAGUUUCAUUUCAGACUUUCAGUCACAGUUAAUUGUGACUCUUAGGAGAAGAAGAACAAUCAAGGAGAAAAAAGAAUGAUAUCAGCUGUUUGUUGGGUCCCGAAAGGGGCUUCUAAGCCGGUUCCCGAAGAGGUUGAUCCGCCUUCGAAGGAGGAAAUUGAAGAGAUGGUGAAGAGCGGAGAAUUUCCUUCGAGGGAAGAAAUUGAAGAGAUGAUGAAGAGUGGAGAAUUUGAGGCUCGUGGAGACAGUGCCAGUGAGGAUGACGAUGGAAACAUGGAUCUUGAUGGAGUGGCUCAGGCAUUAGCUGCUGCGGAUGCGGUUGGCAGAACUCCAGGGACAAAAUUUGAUGACAUUGCGGACGGUUUGAGGGAGCUUGACAUGGACAACUAUGAUGAAGAGGAUGAUGGUAUUGAGCUGUUCAGCUCUGGGCUGGGGAAUACUUACUAUCCCAGUAAUGAAUUGGAUCCACAUCUGAAGGAUGACGAUGAUGAUGAUUCUGAAGAACUCGAGGACAAGACAAUCAAACCAACUGAUGCUGUUAUAGUUUGCGCACGUAAUGAUGAUGAUUUCUGUCAUCUCGAGGUUUAUGUUUUUGAGGAACUUGAGGAUGGUGACUCAAACUUGUAUGUCCAUAAUGAUAUUGUUCUUCCAUCAUUUCCAUUGUGCACCGCAUGGCUCGAUUGCCCAAUUAAAGGUGGAGAAAAAGGGAAUUUUAUUGCUGUUGGCUCAAUGGAACCUUCAAUUGAAGUUUUCAACCUUGAUGUUCUUGGAGAAGUAAAGCCAUGUGCAGUAUUAGGUGGCAUUGCUGAGAACUUAGUAGCUGAGGAUGGUACUACCGAGGAGAAGGAAAAGAAGAAAAAGAAGAAGAAAAAUAAGAAAGGAAAGAAGACAUCAAUUGAAUACAAAGAAGGCAGUCAUACUGAUUCAGUACUAGGCCUUGCUUGGAACAAGGAGUACAGGAAUAUCCUUGCUAGUGCAAGUGCUGACAAACAAGUCAAAAUUUGGGAUGUGUCUGUUGGAAGAUGUGAUAUCACUAUGGAGCACCAUACAGACAAGGUUCAAGCAGUUGCCUGGAAUCAUCACUCGCCACAAGUUCUUCUUAGUGGUUCUUUUGACCAUUCCAUAGUCAUGAAGGAUGGGAGGGUACCUACUCAUUCUGGUUUUCGGUGGUCAGUCACAGCUGAUGUUGAAAGCUUGGUGUGGGAUCCUCACACAGAGCACUCAUUUGUGGUAAGUCUUGAAGACGGUACAGUCAGGGGUUUUGAUAUCCGAACUGCGACUUCUAGUCCAUCAUCAGAAUCGAAACCAAGUUUUACCCUCCAUGCUCAUGACCAAGCUGUUUGCACAGUCUCCUACAAUCCCUUAGCACCUAAUCUUCUUGCUACUGGAUCCACAGAUAAAAUGGUAAAACUCUGGGAUUUGUCAAAUAACCAACCUUCAUGCAUUGCAUCCACAAAUCCUAAAGCAGGAGGUGUUUUUACUAUUGCCUUCUCGGAGAACAGCUCCUUUCUGCUGGCAAUUGGAGGUUCUAAGGGGAAAUUACAAGUAUGGGAUACACUCUCAGAUGCUGCGGUGUCGAGGAGAUUUGGAAAAUACAGCCAAGGGAAGAGAGUUCAUGUGCCAUGAUUUGCUUGUUUGUUAGAUAGAAAAGAGUAAGCCAUACAAGGAAUGAGUAUAUUUAUAGGUUGCUCUGUGCCUGAUGGGUAUGGGCCAGUUUUGCAUGGGAUAAUUUUGAGAGCUUGUCGUUUACCUACAGUUGAGAUUUGUUAUCAAACCAAUUGCAUCCAUCUUCUUAUA